AUGGAACCGGGGCUGGAUUCCUCCUAUUCCUCGCCCGAUCAGGCCGAAGACGACCCCAACGGGACAGGGAACGGCCUGUGGUCACAUCAGCAGGCGCUCGAUGGAGGCGAAGGGAAUUCGACCUCGCCAGAUGAUUCUGCUCAAUCUCCAGGUCAAGCUGCCUUGGCCCCCAAGCCCACGCAGAAGCGACGCCGUGUGACCCGGGCCUGCGAUGAAUGUCGAAGGAAGAAGAUCAAAUGUGACGGGAAACAGCCAUGCACACAUUGUACGGUAUAUAGCUAUGAUUGUACCUAUGACCAACCUUCCAACCGCCGCCGAAAUCCUGCGCCGCAGUAUAUCGAAGCUAUUGAACAAAGGCUUCAUCGUGCCGAGACCAUACUGAAAGCCGUGAUGCCGGAUUUGGAUUUGGGCAGUGUGGAUUUGGAUCAGGUCAUUUCCCAGAAACUUGCAGCGGCGCGGGCUCCCGAGCAGAAUACCCAGAGCAAGCAAACUAAUGGGGUCGAAUUAUCCCGCCAACGGUCGAAUGUCGGUCAGGACGGUGCCCAGGACCCUCUGCUUGAAUCAAUGGUGGAGAAUACGGGACAGUUGGAUUUGGAUGAUGAUGGUAAAUGGGAUUAUCAUGGUCAUAGCUCUGGACUUGCUUUCAUCUCUAAGCUGCGAAGACAAUUUGGAGACCAACUCCUCCCCUCCGCUACGCUGGGGCCUUGGGAGCACUAUCGGCCGUUUACCGGUUCCCUGUAUGACUCUCCACGAUCAGCGGAUUCGCCCAUGGAGAGCGGGAUCCCCAAUGUGGCUGAGCUUCCUCCUCGAGAAACCGCUAUGCAGCUCUGCGCGAAUGCGCUCGAUGACGCAUGUGCACUUAUGCGACUCGUCCAUCAGCCUUCCUUUUAUGAGAUGGUCGACCGCAUCUACAGCACCCCACCUGAAAAUUUUGCCAAUGCGGAAAACCGCUUCUUGCCCCUUCUCUACGUUAUUCUAGCCCUCGGCUGCUUGUUUGCAAAGACUGAGCAGAGUGCGCUGGAUCGUGAGGGCUACGAGAUUGCAAUUGAUCAUGGCUUUAAAUACUUCAAGGCUGGACGAACCAUGAUUGAUAUCACCGAUUGUCGCGAUAUCACAUCGCUACAGGCCGUGGUCGUCAUGGUCAUGUUUCUUCAAGCUUCUGCUAGACUGAGCACAUGCUAUUCCUACGUUGGAAUUGCCUUGCGGUCAUGUCUCAGUAUGGGACUGCAUCGUUCGCUCCCUAUGAGGUUCAAUCCAAUUGAACGCGAGGUUCGGAAGCGAGUAUUCUGGAUCGUUCGCAAAAUGGACACCUACGUGAGCGCAUCGCUAGGUCUGCCGAAGUCUCUCAACGAUGAGGAUAUCGACCAGGAAAUGCCCAUGGAAGUGGAGGAUGAUUACAUCACCCGCGAUGGUAUUCUACCUACUCCUGAGGGCCACUUUUCCCUUAUAUCCGCCAACAAUGCCCAUGGUAAACUUGUUGCGAUCCUUGCAAAAGUUAUCAAGUAUAUUUAUCCUCUAAAGAGCGCCCAAUGCGAUGAAGCAGAGCACUCCAGCCAAACUUAUCUUAUUUCUCAUGCAAAAAUCCGGGAGAUCGAGCGAGACUUGCAAGACUGGAUGGAGCGGCUUCCAGUGCAAUUGAGGCCGGGUGGCGAGGUAACCGCCGACCUUUCUCGCGCCCAGCAGCUUCUGCGAAUGGCGUAUGCGCAUGUGCAGAUGAUGCUCUAUCGACCCUUCCUGCACUACGUCUCCCAGUCCAGCCAGACAAAAUCCGUCGAUAAGAGGUCUUUUGCUUGUGCCGCCGCCUGCGUCAGUGUUUCUCGAAACAUAAUUCAUAUCACGGCUGAAAUGAAGAAGAGAGGCCUGUUAAUUGGUGCCUAUUGGUUCACCAUGUACACGACCUUCUUCGCCAUUUUAUCUUUGCUCUUUUUCGUUCUUCAAAAUCCAGAUAGCUUAACAAGCCAAGAUUUGCUACGUGAUGCUAUCGAGGGAAGAGAGACUCUGGCAAGCCUGUCAAAUCGAAGCAUGGCUGCGGACCGAUGCUCAAAAUCGUUGACACUCAUAUUCGAAAGACUCCCUGAAAAGGUCAAAAUCGGCCGGACUGUUUCGCAGUCCAGUAGCCGAAAGCGGUCUGCAGCCGCUGCGAACGGACCUGAAGCGUCGGCGAAGGCGAAUUUGCCCACUCGACCGACUUCCAUAGCAUUGCCAAAUCAAAUAUUACAGCGCGCGACCACCUUCCCUACGCAAAUGAAGUUGCCGUCGAAGACGAACAGCGCACCAAAUUCUCCCGAAAAUGGGCUCCUUCAGGGUUUGAACGACGCUUCUACCACGUUCCGCUCCAAUGUAUCCGAUGGGUACUCGCCUACCAAUUCUGGGAACCUUUCCAAUACACCCUCGUCGAGCUUCAGUAUUGCUCCGCAACAGAUCACUCAAACGAAUCCUCUUACGGCUGCUGGGGUGCCAGACCUAUCAGCCAUGAUGUUCCCAUCUGCCGAUCCAUUUGCAUACCCUAAUCAGCCAAUGACCACGCUGGAGAACUUUCGACAGAGUCAAGAGCCGUUCAGUCUAUUCCAGUCACCUACGCCGAGCAAUGGGCUAUUUAUGCUCAACGGCAAUUCAUCUAAUCCCUACGAUAAUCUUGAAGUCCCUCUUUUCGGGCCUCUACCGCCAUAUCCAUAUUUAGUCCCUGAUCAGCACCUUGAUACCGCGCUUGCAACUCAGCCAGACUCGGGUAAUGUCAUGAUGCCGGUUAUGGAUGACCCGCAAGAGGCUCAAGGGCGACCUGCAAUUACGCCAGGCUUGGACUUGGAUAAGAUAUUUGGUGGAGACGAUUGGAACGGCAUUUUCAUGGAUCAAAAGUACCAGGCUCUUUCGUGA